GCCAGUUCUCUGCUCAAAACAAAGGAACCUAGCAUGGUGGAUGUAAAUCCUUCUGAAAGCACUCAUUUUCGGGUCAUCCAAAGUUCUCCUAUAGAGGAGUUUAACACUGUGUCUCCUCUGCUUGCCCUUGGACAAGCGGAUGCCGCAACUGCUGAUGAAAGUGAGCCCUUACCAGCUGAGACAAAUAAGCCAGAGAUAGAGUCUCCAGGAGCAGCUGUGCCACCAUUGCCUGCCAAUGAAGAAAUAAAACAAGCUGCAGCUUGCUCAGCCCAACCAGCUGGCAAGACAGAUUCCCCUUCCAGAAAGAAAGACAAACGAAGCCGGCAUCUUGGUGCUGAUGGUGUCUAUUUAGAUGACCUCACUGACAUGGAUCCAGAAGUUGCUGCACUUUAUUUCCCCAAAAAUGGGGACAAUGUCCAAAGCAAGAACACGAACGACACGGGGCCGCAGUCUGCCAGCCAGUCUCCACAGUCUGUCGGGAGCUCAGGUGCUGACAGUGGAGUUGAAAGCACCUCGGAUGGAAUGCGAGAUUUGCCUUCCAUUGCCAUUUCUCUCUGCGGAGGCCUUACUGAGAACAAAGAAAUAACCAAAGAAGAAUUCUUAGAACAUGCAGUAACGUAUCAGCAGUUUGUGGACAAUCCUGCAAUUAUUGAUGACCCUAACCUUGUAGUUAAGAUUGGAAAUAAGUACUACAACUGGACGACAGCUGGUCCCCUUCUGCUGGCAAUGCAGGCAUUCCAGAAACCUUUGCCAAAGGCCACUGUGGAAUCUAUAAUGAGGGACAAGAUGCCCAAAAAAGGUGGAAGGUGGUGGUUUUCAUGGCGGGGGAGGAACAGCACUAUUAAAGAGGAAACAAAGUCAGAACAAGGUAUAAGUGGAAGUGGACUUACAGGAGAAGACCCUUCACAGAUGAGCAUGGCAAACAGAAUAAAAGAUGAAUCUUCUUCAAGCGAUGAAGACCCUAGAGCUGCCAAACAAAACCUCGGGUCAUUACAAACCAACUCAAGUCAUCUCUCGUUAUUGUCUGGAAUCAGUUACAAAAAAACGCUUCGACUUACUUCUGACCAGCUUAAAAGCUUAAAGCUGAAGAAUGGCCCCAAUGACGUGACCUUUAGUGUUACAACACAGUAUCAAGGCACUUGCCGCUGCGAAGGCACCAUUUACUUAUGGAAUUGGGAUGAAAAAGUUGUUAUUUCUGACAUUGAUGGAACAAUCACACGGUCAGAUACUUUAGGUCAUAUUUUGCCAACUCUUGGCAAAGACUGGACGCACCAAGGGAUUGCAAAGUUGUACCAUAAAGUGAGCCAAAAUGGGUAUAAAUUUCUGUAUUGCUCAGCACGUGCUAUUGGAAUGGCAGACAUGACCAGAGGAUACUUGCACUGGGUCAAUGAGCGAGGAACUGUGCUGCCUCAAGGGCCAGUGUUGCUGAGUCCAAGCAGCUUAUUCUCAGCUCUUCACAGGGAGGUGAUAGAAAAGAAGCCAGAAAAAUUUAAAGUUCAGUGUUUGACAGACAUCAAAAAUUUGUUUUAUCCUAACACAGAACCCUUUUAUGCUGCUUUUGGAAACAGGCCUGCUGAUGUUUAUUCAUACAAACAGGUGGGGGUUUCUUUAAACAGGAUAUUCACAGUUAACCCCAAAGGAGAACUUAUACAAGAGCAUGCAAAGACAAACAUCUCAUCCUAUGUCAGACUAUGUGAAGUGGUAGAUCACAUUUUCCCUUUGCUGAAAAGAAGCCACUCUUCAGACUUCCCUUGUUCUGAUACCUACAGUCAGUUCACCUACUGGAGGGAACCUGUACCGCCUUUUGAAACUCAGGAUGUACAUCCAACCUCAUCUUAACUGCAUCUCC